UUCCGCUAGAAGUAUAUUUGGCGCAUUUUCAUGAGCCAAAUAUAAUUAGACGUGCUUUAAAAAUAAUGUAAUAGUGUAUUUUAUUUGCUGACUGAAAUCAUUUACAUGAUUUUUGUGCUUCUAGUUCGUGAGACAUUUGAUAUAAAAUACUGCAUUGCAUAAUUUAAUAUAUGAUUAGCUUAAAAUGCUAAAAUAGAAGUUGUCAGUUUAUGAUUAUGGUUAACCUCAACAAUUGUUGAAGUUUUAUUUCUGAAUAAGAUUAAUUGAUUGUAGUGACCAUUGUGAAAGAAUUUAUUAUUUGAAUUUACUUACGACUACUUGAUGAUGAAUCCUGAUAUUCAGAAAAAGAUUCUCAAGUUUGAAACAUUUGUCAAUGAUGUGCUGAAAGAGGAUCUUGCACAAUUAGAACAGAAACUUGAUGCUAAAAAUGCAGAUAUUGCAGAAUUUCUUCAGUUGAAGGCUAUGAUAACUACCUUUAAAAAUAAUGGCCUUGAUAAAAGUGGUUUUAAAACUCAAGUAGAUAUCGGGCAAAAUUUCUUUAUAGAAGCACAAGUUUCAGAUGCUUCUACAAUUCUGUUGGAUAUUGGUUUAGGACAUUACAUGGAACUUUCUAUAGAUGAAGCUGUGGCUGUUAUAAACGUUCGAGUUAAACUUCUAGAACAACAGAUCAAACACUUUCGUAAGGAAAUCGCCAGAACAAAUGCUCACAUCAAAUUAAUUCUCCUAGGCAUUAGGGAGUUGCAAGGAUUUGAUGACAAAAUGUAAUUUUGUAAUUUUUUUAUGUGUACAUAUUUCUCUGCUAAGAUUUGUACAUAUGUACUAGAACUUUCAAUAAAUAUUAAACGACAUUGAAA